AUGAACGAUGCGUCCCACUCGUCACGUGGUCACGGCCUCCGUCUUCUUGGACACUUGCACUCGCAGGACUCUACAGUGGCAGCGAGCGACUUUGUUCACCGCCGCGACGAGGAGAGAGGGUUGAACGAUGUAGUGUCACACGGGAGCGCUGCAAUUCAUCAAGGAGUACAGGGGGAACUGAUAGCCUUGCAGAAAAAAGCAUAUACGAACUUUCUGGAGCAUGUUGAUGUCCCUUCGGGGUCGAAUCAGGAUCUCACCUUAUUUCAGAAGCUCUACGAGUGGUCUGCGUAUGUGGAGUUGUUUAACAUUCAAACUCGCGCGUUCGAAGACGUUGAGAUACUUGAGCAUAUGGUGAAGAAAGUUGGCGAAGGCGGGAGGGUGAUAAGAUUUUUCCAUUGGCUUCAGAGCUUUCGUCCUUCGAAGGAGCGCGCCAGCAGCUUGCUGGAAGUGAUAACUAUGAAAAAGUCGGAAGACGCCGAAAAGAUCAAGCAAUUGUGUUUGACAUGGGAAAUAAGACCGGACGAGAUUUAUGAAUUAAUGCCCAUUGCAGCGAUGGGGAGACUGACAGGUGAAGUAAAGAAAAAGGCAGCGUGGAGUUCCGUCGAAGUCGAACUUUCUUCGUGGUUGAAAUAUGUUUUGGAUUUCAACAUGAGCUACCCGGAGAAAUACUUCGACAGCAAAUCCGUUGUGACCUGGCUUUUGAACAGAAGAGGGGUGGAUGAGACGACCGCAAUUUUCGAGCAGUUCCUCGAACCGAGACCAAUUAUCUAUGGUUGGGAAAAACAGCUGGUUGCUUUACACCCUGCUACCUUGAGUCGGAUGCUUCCUAGGUGGCUGGAAGCAGAUGUGAAACCUAGGGAUGUCUUAAGGAUAUUGCCUCGCGCAGUGGAGAUUCGUGCGCAUGGUGUUGGAGGGCCCACGAAGUGGCCUGGCAUCCGUCUCGAGCUCAAGCUGUGGAUUGGAUAUUUUAAAAGGAUCGUACUCGACACACUGGAGUUUUGCAGUGGAGCAGAAGAAGUGAAUGCAUUCCUUCACGGUCUUCGAGCCGAUAACGAGUUGAAGGAUCUGGCGUCAAAGAUGGAGAAGUUAUUGCCUGCCAGACGCAAGAAGCUAAUGAAGAUCAAGUUGCUGGCGGAAGCGAAUGCAGGUCCUGCAGAAGUGUUCAGGAAAUUGCCCAUUGCAAAGGUGGAUCGCUUGAUUGCGACAUUUGAUCGCGCAGGGCGCGCAAAGCAAAUAGAAGAUCCUGAAGUCUUCUUCAAGAAACUCAAACAGUUUCUUGGAUAUGUGGACGCAUACCGAGAAAAUUACGGUGAGUUUAGUGACAAUGACGUCGUCCGUGCGUUGGACAACGCGAGAAGAUCGCUGGCGGAGCAAUUUGCAUAUCUUCAAUUGUUCGAAAGCGUCCCUGGAAUGGAGACGCGCGCAGCCCAACUACUAGAAGCGUUUCGUGAAUAUCACAGAAUAGGCAUCCAAUUUGCUACAGCAGUCAAUGGUCGUUACAUCGGUUCGUACUAUGACUUUGUAAUUGGCGCUGUGGAGGUAGCAGGUGGCAUGCUCCAUGUUCUUACGCACAUUCGCUAUCUCGCGUUUGCAACGAGUGCUCGCACAACGCAAAUGGUAUUGACAAACGACUUCUCUGCAAUAACUUCGAUGCCAUGUGGAACGUUGGCCAGUCAAGACAUUUGCUCACGACGGUCGGCUCUUUUUACCACGCUCGUUGUGGUAGCGUAG